AUGAGGCCCAAUACUGAGGAAGAGGUCGGCGAGCCGGACGCGGCCGCGCUGGCCCACAAUGGGCGCAGUUCGGCGCUGCCGUGUCUGGCGGACGCAGGUGAGCCGCCGUUGCGCCGAGAGAAGUCCACGGCCAUCCCGACGUCUCGAGGUGUCUGUGCGACCGAGUCAGCUGCACGUGUAGCACGUGGAGAGGCCUUCCCGGGGAAUCGAGACGGCGCCGACCGACCAACUCGUAUGGACGUCGAGCUACGUGUCAGAGCAAGUAGCUGCUGCCUCCUGCGUGACGGAUGUAGAUGGACGUACGCAAAUCGGUAUUUGGGAGAGAAAGGAACCGCCGGAUUUGGAUCUAAAGAGUACGGCACACCGUCACGAUGUUAUGGCAGACAGCAUCCUCAGUGUUGGAAAAACAGGGAGAAUCCGCGCGGCUGCGCCGUGACAUUUACGCGCGCCAGAGCGCCUAGGGUCAGCGCCCAGUGGAACUUCCUUGCAGAGGAGAAAGAAGGCUUGGGAGAGCGGAAGCCCGCCUGGGCCAAUGAAGCGCUCGCAGCCGGCAGAGGGGCGCGAGACCCCGCCUGUUUAAAGAAUGGUUGGCUGGUGGCGGAAGUCUGAGAAGUAUUCCAAGAUAUCUCUCUGCCAGUAGUAGUAUUGAAAUUAUUACUGCUAUCAGAAAUUAGUAAGUAUUAUUACUCCAGG